CACACACUCACUCGGUUGAAAUGGGUAGACAAUCCGUGAUCGCACUCGUUCUCAUCUGCGCCGUCGUCGCUGGUGUCGGUGGCCAGUCCCCGGCUGCUGCUCCCACUACUACUCCCGCCGCUACUCCCCCAGUAGCAGCGACGUAUCCCCCUCCAGCUGCAUCUCCCGUAUCUACACCGACAAAUCCAUCUCCCGCCGCCGCUCCUCAAAAGCCGGCAACUCCAGCACCGGUCUCCACGCCGCCUGCAUCGGCGCCACCAGCAGUCGCUCCAGUAGCUUCUCCACCAGCCAGCACUCCUCCGACUGCUUCCGUUCCUGCCAGCUCUCCUCCGGCUGCUUCCGUUCCACCUAGCUCUCCACCAGCUGCUACCGUUCCGGCUAGCUCUCCGCCUGUUCCAGUUCCGGUUAGUUCUCCACCAGUUUCAGUACCGGUGAGCUCUCCUCCAGUACCAACUCCAACGGAAUCUCCUCCCGCUCCCGAAAGUUCUCCUCCUGCCCCAGUCGCGUCGCCUCCUGUUGAGGUUCCUGCCCCGGCACCUAGCAAGAAGAAGUCAAAGAAGCACAGAGCACCAGCUCCUUCUCCAGCGUUGCUUGGUCCACCUGCGCCUCCUUCUGAAGCUCCUGCAGGAAGCGAGGAAGGUCCUGCGCCCAGCCCUUCACUGGAGGACAAGAGUGGAGCUGAAGCAUUAAUGAAGGUUGCCGGAAGUUUGGCUUUGGGAUGGGCUGCCGUCGCCGUCAGCAUCAUCUUUUAGAGAGAGAGAGAGAGAGAGAGAUUUGAUCGUGCUUCAUUUAUUUAUAUUUAAUCUCUUUUAUUUAUUUUUGGUUAAAAAUUUUCCCCCACUGUGUACUCCAUAUCAUAAGAGGUGCUUUAUCGAUUGAAUUGAUUUUAUGAAAUUUGUUUUAGAAAU